CAGUGAACCUUUGGAGUUUGAUAUGAUGUGAUCACACACACACACGCACACAGAAACACACACACAGGUCCGUGAUGACACGUGAACAUACACACACACAUGGUUCAGAAUGACACAGCUCUGAUCAGAGGGAGGUGAUCUCUGAAAUUGCUCAGUGAGCACCCCUAAUUUCCCUGAUUCACAUUCACUGUCAAUCAAAUCCAAUGGAAACCAAUCAGAAAGCAGGAGGGGACGGAGGAGCAGCAGCACAGAAGGAGGCGGCUCUGUGUAUUCUAACACAACGUACAGGAUACCAACUACGACAGGAGAACGGUCAGCGGCGGUACGGUGGACCUCCACCCAGCUGGGACGGUCCACCACCAGAACGUGGAAGUGAGAUCUUUGUGGGAAAACUACCAAGAGAUCUGUUUGAAGAUGAACUGGUUCCACUGUGUGAGAAGUUUGGAAAGAUCUACGAGGUCAGGAUGAUGAUGGACUUCAACGGAAACAACCGAGGCUACGCCUUCGUCACCUUCAGCACCAAACAAGAGGCCAGAGCCGCCAUUAAACAACUCAACAACCAUGAAAUCAGGAACGGACGCCUUCUUGGCGUAUGUGCCAGCGUCGACAACUGCCGUUUGUUUGUGGGAGGGAUUCCUAAAGCCAAGAAGAGAGAAGAGAUUCUGGCUGAAAUGAGGAAAGUCACCGAGGGGGUCGUGGAGGUCAUCGUCUACCCCAGCGCUGCCGACAAAUCCAAGAACAGAGGCUUUGCUUUCGUGGAAUACGAGAGUCACCGAGCGGCGGCCAUGGCUCGACGCAAACUGCUGCCAGGUAGAAUCCAGCUGUGGGGCCACGCCAUUGCUGUGGACUGGGCGGAGCCAGAGGUGGAGGUGGACGAGGACACCAUGUCAACUGUGAAGAUACUGUACGUCAGAAACCUGAUGCUGCAGACCACAGAGGAGACCAUCGAGAAAGAGUUCAACAGCCUGAAGCCAGGUGCAGUGGAGCGAGUGAAGAAGAUCAGGGACUACGCCUUCGUCCACUUCUCACAGAGAGACGACGCCAUCAACGCCAUAAAGGCCCUUAACGGAAAGCUGGUAGAUGGUUCUCCCAUCGAGGUCACUCUGGCCAAACCUGUGGACAAGGACAGUUAUGUCCGGUACACCAGAGGGACAGGAGGACGAGGAGGAGCUCUACUGCAGAGUGACUACUCCACCUACCCCGUUGGACAGGUCUACGACCCGUCAGCAGCCUACCUCGGAGCACCGGUGUUUUACGCCCCUCAGGCCUACGCUGCUAUUCCGGGUCAGUUCCGCUUCCCUACAGCCAAGGCUCACAUCGGGGGGCGAGGUCUGAUCAGGACGCCGUCUGUUCGAGAAAUUUACAUGACUGUACCUGUAGGGGCUGCGGGGGAGAGGGGGCUGGGUGGGCGGGGAUACCUGGCCUACACCACCGGGGGUGGAGUCGUCGGUCGCGGCACAGUGGGAAAUGGUGCUGGCGGUCCUUCCUACAGUCUGAAGGCAGACAAGCAGACGGAGGAGAAGCUGUACGACCUGCUGCCCGGCAUGGAGCUGACCCCCCUGAGCCUGAAAGCAGCUGCCAUCAAACCUGCACCACAGGUUCUGGAGGAACUGUGUCAAAAGAACAACUGGGGACAACCGGUCUACCAGCUCCACUCUGCCAUUGGUCCAGACCAGAGACAACUCUUCCUCUACAAGAUCACAGUCCCAGCACUGGCUACACAGUACCCCAACAUACAUCCCUUCACCCCUACUAAACUGUGCACAGCAGUAGAAGAAGCUAAAAACCACGCCGCCGAGUUCACCCUGCAGACACUGGGCCUGCAGACAGAAGGCGCUGCAGACGCCAGCUGUGCUACUGCUGCCACUGUGGCUUCAGUAGCCUUCCCAGGCUACGCUCUGGCAGGUCCAGCGUCCUCAGCCGCCGUAGCGUCCCAGCUAAAGCAGGCUGUGUCUCUGGGUCAGGACUUGGCCGCCUUUGCUACCUAUGAGGGCUACCCUGCCUUCGCUGUGGCCACACGCCACUCUGACGGAUAUGGUGUUUUCUAGAAAAAGCUAAUUUUUAAGAUAAAAAAACGCUGAGGCUAGGGUCAACUCCCCACCGGUCCUAUUUCAGACAUUUCAAAAGAUUACGUUUUUUAAAAUAAAUCCACAAUUUGACACAGCUUGGAUUUAAACACAGAAAACACUGACACGUGAAAACGUUUGACCCAAAUAUAAAAACAGUUUUUUUCCAUAGAUGAGAAUCUUGAGGUUGUACUAAUCCGACGUUGAUUUAUUGAUGAUUAUGUGACAGGAGCUUGUGAUUGGCUGUUUGUGUAAAUCAUGUUUAUUAAUCUUUGUCAAGUCUGUGUUGUUAUUACUGAGGUUGAUAUAGUUGAUACAGUUCUGCUGAAUUUCUUUUCAAUUACAACAAAUUCUUCUUUAGAUUUUAGAAUUUCCCUUCGCUUGAUGUUGUAACCUUCUAGAAGCUUUUUGUCAUGGCAUCAGGGAGGAAUUAGAGUCAG